UGCGUUAUAACUUGCGUGCAGGAAGUAUAAGCAUUGUAUUUAACUGAGUAGGGGUGAAACUAAGUGUAUUGAACAACCAGUAAGCGUGGAGGUUUCACUCUGAGAGGCGGGAUAAAACAACAACGUCUACGAAGCGUCAUCGAGUUGUAUGACAACACUGAAGACAAUUUAUACGAAAACUAAACGUCUGUGUGUAGAAGGAACAUUUGGAAUACCGUGGCAGUUUCCUUAAUACAUCAACUUGCUGUAGAGGAACAAGUUAUAUUUUGUGCAGAGAUUAACAUUGGAAUACUGGCUCUCUGCCUUGUUGUGAGAGCAAUACAAAUAUAUUUGCUGUUAAGGUUAUAGGAAGACUAGAGAUCUCUUUUUAAAAGAACAUUUGGAAUACUGUGGCAUCGGCAAGGCUAGUAUAUAGACAUUUCCGCCGUUGAAGAAGUUAACUGUUUGUAUCCGUUUGGAAUACUGUAGUAGUACCACAGAAAAGUGGGCGCGCCAUGGGCAACCAAUCAAGCGUUGAUAGUAAAGGGGGGAUACUGAAGAAGUUGUUCAGCAAUAAAGAGGUUCGCAUACUAAUGGUAGGGCUGGAUUGUGCGGGGAAGACAACGAUACUUUACAACCUGAAGAUGGGGAAAGUUGUUCGGACCAUACCAACUAUAGGUUUUAAUGUUGAGACUGUGGAAUACAAGAACCUGAGUUUCUCUGUGUGGGAUAUUGGUGGACAGGAUAAGAUACGACCACUGUGGAGACAUUACUUCUAUAAUGUACAAGGUUUGAUAUACGUGGUGGACAGCAAUGACAGGGAGAGAAUCGAGGAGGCGAGAGAGGAACUUCACAGUUUGUUGGCUGAGGAAGAUCUGAAGGAUUGUAAACUACUCGUGUUCGGGAACAAACAAGACCUUCCUAAUGCAAUGCGAAUGGAUGAAGUUCGCGAGAAGUUAAAUCUCUCAUCUCUGGUUGAUAGGAAGUGGCAUAUGCAAAUGAGCUGUGCAGUGUCAGGACAAGGACUUUACGACGGGCUAACAUGGCUCGCAACGCAGUUUAAACAGAAACACGGCCGAAAACAUUAAUAGGAUUUGCCGCGCUCGGCAAAACUUAAAAACUCGUGCCUACGCACUGAUAAAGUUCCGAAUUGCAUCAACACAACAGAAUAUUUCAACCAGAUGACAACAUGACCAUCAAUGCCGCACACUGUGAUUAUAAAUACAAGAAUAAACCAGAACUCCAUCAUAACAUGAAGCAACCAAAUACAAUGAUACACUGAUCCAGGAAUUUUACUGCAUAUUUUAUUAAUAUUAAACAGUUUAUUUGUUUUUUGUUUUGUUUUCCGAUAAUCUUGUAUUGCGAAUAUAUUCCUAUGAAGCGUUUAUAUUGAGUACUACCCGCCACCCACUGUGCGCUUUUUUCGCAUUUCUCUUUUAAUAAUCAAACAGAAGCUGAUUAUAUUUGCUCUUGCAUUUUCAAAUGGCUGGCCGCCAAAAUAUUAUUAAAGUAAAUGAAGUAACUAAUCAACUUUGAUUGAAUUCUAAGAGCAAAAUAUUAGUGUGUAUUUGACAAACCAAGCAAAAACUGCAGAAGGACCACAUAUGAAUUACCAGCCGUGUUUAAAACUUUUUAAGAAAAACAAAACUUAUUUAAUUAAACAUGUUUUAUCCCCCUUUUUUAUUAAAUGGUUUCAUUUUAAACUUUUCAGUUAUUUGAAACAACUUACUUGCAAAGCUAAUGCAUAUUACCAACUGAAAUGUCAAACUAUCAACUUUACUUGCUUGCAUGUUAUGUUUAUGAAAACUAAACUAAUAAAAAAUACAGAUAUA